AUGACGAGGACCCCGGUGGGGUCCACACGCACCCGGCCAAAGCCCAGGAAGCUCGGGCCCCAGCGAGAAGAGGCGCUCCAAGCCUCCUCGCAGCUUUCAGAACCCCCAGCCCUGGUGCAGAAGAGGAUGCCUGAUGCGUGCACCCUGGGAAGGACUGGAAUCAGUCUCCCCAAGAUGUGCCUUCACAUGGCUGUCCGGCAUUCGAAGGCUCAGAAAACAGGGCCGGGAAUCCUGCAACAGCGGCAGAAGCGGCCCUCGCCUCUGGCUCCCGGCGGCCCAGCUCUACUAGGGGAGCGUCGCGGCUGCUCUGAGGCAGACAGCGCUUCGCUAGAACCGUUCAGCUCGUCCCGCGCCGACGCCGGCUGCCUGAACCAGGUCCCGCGGUCCCCUUUCCUAGCGGGACCCCGAAACACCCGCCGGCCUCCUACUCCUGAGCGGGAGAGAAUAGAGCCUGCUGCAACCCUCUGCUUGUAG